AUGGAUCCUGUUCUUAUAGUGGGUGCUGGUAUUGUUGGCUUGACGCUUGGUCAAGCCUUGAAGCAAAACAACAUUCCUUUCGAAAUUUAUGAGCGCGAUUCGACACCCGAAGCUCGUGGUCAGGGGUGGGCCAUCACCUUACACUGGGCUCUGGAAUAUCUGUUCAAGAUGUUGUCGGAGGAGACUUUGUCGCGCAUUCAAGAUGUCCAAGUUGAUCCCGAUGUGGCGAGUAACGACAAUGGCAAUUUUCUCUUUAUAAACCUGGAGACUGGAGAACCGAGAUUCAAAAUCCCUCCUAAUCUCCGAUGGCGUGUGAAUCGCGAAAAGAUGCGACGCGCACUACUGCAUGGCAUUGAGGAACAUGUUCAUUGGGGACGACGAGUGGUAGGCCUCAACUUUCCCGAGGACGAGAAUCAGGUUCAACUGGUAUUUGAUGAUCAAGAAAUCGUCACCGGUAGGCUUGCUGUUGGCGUUGAAGGUAGCCGCUCCAUGGUGCGACAAGUGCUGCGUCCGGAUGCCUUUGACAAUACGCCUAUUGGGAUCAACUUCACCGGAGUAGCUGUGGAUCUCACCCCGGAGGAGAUCCAACCGUUACGUGACAUGGAUCCCUUGCUAUUCCAAGGAUGUCAUCCAACCACGGGGGAUUUCUUCUGGUUCUCCAUGCUUGAAACGCCGCUCAUUAACGGCACGGCAAACACCACAGCCGAGAGAUACCGAGCACAGAUCUGCAUGUCUUGGCCGGAGAAGAGCCCCGAAGAUCAGGUAGCGACUACCAAUGAUGGUCGUUUGGCAAACAUGAAACGGCGUGCACAAGGAUUUGUGCCUUUCUUGCGACAGGCGGUGGAUCGAAUCCCAAGUGGAACACCUGUGACUGAGAUCAAGCUUGCGGAUUGGGAAUGUCUUGAUUGGAACAACCAUAGUGGAAGAGUCACUUUAGCAGGAGAUGCAGCACAUGCAAUGACCAUGUAUCGCGGAGAGGCGGCGAAUCAUGGGCUCUUGGAUGCUUAUCGUCUCAUGGAAGCUAUCAAUCACAUCUAUAGCGGUUCACUCACAGCCUCCAUCGCGCUUGAUACAUAUGAGGAAGAGAUGAGGGUGCGCACCCGACGUGCCGUUCAACUCAGCCGCCAGGCUUGCCGAGAUGCACAUGAUUGGGGACGACUAGAUGAAACAUCGGCCAUUUUGACCAAGAGGGCUAUAGUGGCAAACUGA